GCAUUCGGUUAUUCCAUUAUGAAACGAUAACCUUUUUUUGUCAAGCCCGAAACCAUAAAAAGUGGUCCGACCACUGGGUUUCCCGAUUGAACGGCUACCGGCAAACACUCAAAAUGACUUGCUAGAGAUUGUUUUCAUGGCCGGUUUUGAUUGGACUUGGUCCAACCUAGGGGUGGCUAUUUGGACCGGGACCGGAUUAAAAACCGGAAACCGGACCGUAUAACCCGGAUCGAGAUCGGACCGGGACCGGAUAGUAAACAAUCCAAUUCAAUCUUUGGGCUUAGAUGUGAGGUAAAAAACCGGAUAAAGACCGGAUAAGAGAGCUCAACACCCAAAACUUAAGGGUAAUUUGCAUAAACGGUCACAAACCUUUGCACUUAGUACAAAACUUAACCAACUCCUCACCCUUUAAGGCCUUAGGCCACUCAAAUCCCACAAUCUCAAUGUAAAAUCAAGAUCGAAUUGGGACCGGACCGGAUCAAAACCGGACCGGAUCAAGACCGGACUGUAUCCAAUCCAAUCUUCGGUCCUUAUAUUUUCAAAAAGACCGAAUUGGACCGGAUCAAUUUGGGACAAUUUAACCGGACCGGACCGUAUAGCCACCCCUAGUCCAACCAACCGGUCAAAUAGUGGUUUGACAACACUGAUGAUGUCCCAACUUUUGGUUAAUUCAAGUUCAAAUUAGCGUCUUCUUACUAAGAGUAUGCAUGUACGUAGUACCCCUCAUAUUUACCCACGAAACUGUAGAAAAUCUUCACAAUAUCCGACAAGAGCUAGCAUACGCCUAUCAGAUGUACUUCAACGAAUCAGAAUCGAUGGUUGUUAUCAUUUGACCAAAUUAAUUUUUGUUGUUUGUGUUUAGAUUAAGAAAAAUCGGUUAAUUCAUUAUCUAAAUAACCAACUCAGUAACCUGACCGCUACAUAUAUGAUUGAUUAGUCGAAUGGUUGAUUGAAUUGUUCUUAAGGACGAUUAACUAUUGUGACUGGAAAUUAACUAGGGCAAGGCAUUAUGGCUGGCCCAACACUUACACGUUUACAAAAGCAAUGGGGGAGAGGAUAGUCAUGAGUUUGAAGGACGAUCUCCCACUUGUAAUCAUCCGCCCCACCGCCGUAACGAGCACCAUUAAAGAUCCAUUUCAAGGGUGGCUGGAGGGUGUCAGAACCCUGGACGGAUUUAUUGUGAAUUAUGCUAAAGGGAGACUGAAAUGCCUCAUCGAGAGGCCAGAAAUCAUUUAUGAUCUGAUCCCAGCAGAUAUGGUUGUGAAUGCGAUUGUAGGAUGCAUCUGUUCAGCAUUCCAGAACCAGCCUUUGGAUCUCAUUUAUCAUUUGGGCUCUUCAGGAAGGAACCCAAUAACUUCAUCUGAUCUCCGACACUUGACCUUCACUUUCUUCUCUCAAAAUCCAUGGAGGGACCGCCAUGGAAGGCCAAUCAAAGUUGCCAACUUCAAGACUUUUAGCUCCAUCAAGACCUUUCAGAUUUACAUGACAUUUCGUUUCCUGCUCCCGCUAAAGGUACUGUGUCUCGUAAAUGCAGUUCUUUGUAACAGAUUCCAAGCAUUGUGUGUUGAACUUGAUCGUAAGUUCGAGGUGGUGAUGAGGCUGGUAAAACUUUACGAACCCUACAUGCUCUUCGAGGGGAUCUUUGAGGAUACUAAUUUGGAGAAGUUGAGGGCAAGGGGCAGUGAAAAUGGGUGGUGGGACGACGAGGAGAUGAAUAUGAAUACAGGCAGCAUUGAUUGGAGCGACUACAUCAUGAAUGUUCACAUUCCAGGCCUUAUCCGAUUUGUCAUGUUCUAAUUUCAUGAUCAAAUGGAUUGUGAUUAGUAAUGUUUGUUAAAACAAUAAGGAGUGUUGGGGCAUGUGAAUAAUGUUUAGUAUCGCGGUUCUAUCAUUGGUGUUAAACUUAAAUGUUACAUGUUUGAAUAUUAUAGCAUAUAAUAAUAAAAAUAAAUCAAUGUCGCCCUAGUAACAAAUAGUAUUGGAGCACAUUGUACUUUGUCGCAUUUAAACUUUAAACAAGUGAUUUCUUUCUUACUUUUUCCAAUUCUAGAUAUGCUCUUCUUAUAGUUGCGCUUUUGAUUUGUGGAUGAUAUUUGGUAGAAUUUUAAGCUAUUUCUUUGUAUUGAUUCUAAUAAUUAUUUUUCAUUUUUUUGUUUCAAACAUGAUAAAUAGAGUCAGGGGGAUAUUUACUUACAUAGUUUGAUAUUUUAUUUCUAAUUUAUAAAUGUUUUGACUUAUUGGAGUUCCUUUAAAUUUUAAGUAUAUAUGCACACUUAAUCGGGGAUUUCUUAUUAUUUGAGUAUUCUUAUUAAGCAAGAUUUUCUUUAACAGUAGGUCAUCUUUAAAAGCUUCAAUUUAUUCAAUAUUGGCUGCCAAUAUACAAGAUUCUUGGAUUGAAAUGACAACAAAGUAGAUUGUUCUGAAUUCGGAAAUAAAAAAUGAUUACUUCGGAAACCAGGGUAGAUCACAACAGAAUAGAAAAAGUGCAUUCAGGAGGUCAAUCUCCUCCUUUGCAACGAGUUGGUGGUCGUAUUCGUCAUUGACUCUAAUAUCAAAUGUUGGAAUUAUAAUCCACAAUAACGAUAAUAUUCUCUCGAGUUGAGAAUACAAUCUUGUUUUCACAUCAUACAUGUUAUCUGCCUUUCAUAGUUCAAUCAUCGUCUUUAAAUAGACCAACUUCUAACUGACUCCUAUGAUCAACUAACUAAGCUAAGAUUCCGACUAAUCGUUUGGCUGCUGUUCUACCUAAUUUGGUAAGUCACUCUCAGUCUGCCUUUGUUAAGGGAAGAUUAAUUUCUGAUAAUAUACUGCUUGCUUCUAAACUAGUUAAUGGGUAUGAGUCUAAGGUAGUCAGCUCGAGUUGUGUGAUUAAAAUAGACUUAAUGAAAGCCUUUGAUUAAGUUAACUGGAAUUUCUUGUUUGAUGUCUUGACUAUUAUGGAAAUUAGAGGAAAAUUAUUAAACUUGCUUAGGGCUUGUGUUUGUACUUCCAUGGUCAGUGUGGCUCUUAAUGGAGGGUUAUGUGGGUUUUUUGGUAUGCAGAAAGGGUUAAGACAUGGUGACCUCCUGUCUUCCUAUCUCUUUAACAUUGCUAUGAAAGUUUUGGAUGGAUUAAUGAAGAAGGUUGCCACUGAAAAUUAGAUUCCUUGUCAUCCUCUUUGUAAACCCUUAGCUAUAACACAUCUCUGCUUCAUUGAUGACUUGCUAGUGUUUACUAAUGGGUUAAUUAGAGUUGUUGCGGGUGUUAGAAGAAUGUUGGAUGACUUUUAUAGCUUGUCUGAUUUGCAUUGCAAUCCUAGAAAAUGCCAACUCUUUUGUGCAGGUAUCCCGGAAGAAGAAAAACAUAGUAUUUCUGUUUUUUCGGGUUUCCCUCUUGGUCAGCUACAAUUCAAGUACUUGGGGGUCCCUUGGAUUACCAGCAAGCUAACUAGGAAGGAUUGUCGUGUCUUGGUUGAUAAAAUUACCCACCGUGUUCAGAGUUGGAGAGCCAAGAUGUUGAGUUUUGCGGCUAAGGUCUAGCUUAUCAGUUCGGUCUUAUAAAGCAUCUUACAAUAU